CCCUGAAAAAGGAAUAUCCCCUCUCCCCGAAAAUCCCCCCAUCCUAAAGCAUCCCGAUUUUAAGACUUGUGGAUAUUAUUACUGUGGGGCUAGAAAGGACCCUUUCUACAGGCAAUUUUGACAUUAAGCGGUUCAAAAUGCGCAGGAAAGGCAUGACACAGGUGCUGGCCAGGCUAUCAUUUAUAGGGACCUUGGGCCACAUGACAAAAAUAUCGUCUCAAUUUGAGAAAUCGAGGAAAGUUAGUGGACCUAGGGCAUUGCAACCGAGCCAGUGGGGAAUGCUUUGCCCUAGUGAUACUCCAGAAGGUGAAGCUUGUGGACUGGUGAAAAACUUGGCACUAAUGACUCAUGUCACAACUGAUGAUGAGGAGGGUCCGUUGAUUUCUCUGUGCUAUAGUUUGGGAGUUGAAGACUUGGAAUUACUAUCAGGAGAUGAUCUUCACGCACAAAGUUCAUUUCUAAUUAUAUUAAAUGGGCUGAUUCUUGGCAAGCAUAGAAGACCACAGCAUUUUGCUGAUGAUAUUAGAAAGCUGCGUAGAGCUGGCAAAGUUGGUGAGUUUGUAAGUGUCUUUAUAAAUGAGAAGCAGCUUUGUGUCUAUAUUGCUUCUGAUGGAGGUCGAGUUUGUCGUCCGCUGGUUAUAGCUGACAAGGGAAUUUCAAGGAUCAAAGAAAGCCAUAUGAAGGAGUUGGUGGAUGGAAUUCAUACUUUCCAAGACUUUGUUCGUGGAGGGUUGAUUGAGUAUCUUGAUGUUAAUGAACAAAACAAUGCUCUGAUUGCAUUAUAUGAGGGAGAGGCCACAUCUGAAACAACCCAUAUUGAGAUAGAGCCUUUAACCAUCUUAGGCGUCUGUGCGGGGUUAAUUCCAUAUCCUCAUCAUAAUCAGUCACCAAGAAAUACCUAUCGGUGUGCUAUGGGCAAGCAAGCUAUGGGAAGCAUUGCAUAUAACCAGUUUUCUCGAAUGGACUCCGUACUUUACCUGUUGGUUUAUCCUCAACGGCCUUUAUUGACAACAAGGACAAUUGAGCUGGUUGGAUAUGAUAAGCUUGGAGCUGGUCAGAAUGCUACUGUUGCUGUGAUGAGUUGUAGUGGCUAUGAUAUAGGGGAUGCUAUUGUCAUGAACAAGUCAUCUCUGGAUCGUGGGUGUGGUCGUUGUAUUGUCAUGAAGAGUUACACUGCCAUUUAUCAGAAGAAUUAUGAGAAUGGUACAUCAGAUAGAGUACUUAGGCCGCAAAGAACAGGACCUGGUUCAGAAAGGAUGCAGAUACUGGAUGAUGAUGGACUUGCUGCUCCUGGGGAGAUAAUUAAGCCAAAUGACAUCUAUAUCAAUAAGGAAUCUCCAAUUCACACCACAGGGCAACGAGUACCUGCAGAUGGACGGCAAGAUAUUGCAUAUAAGCCUGCUAAACAAACAUUUAAAGGUCCCGAAGGAGAGUCUUGUGUGGUAGAUAGAGUUGCCCUUUGCUCUGAUAAGAGUGAGAAUUUAUGUAUCAAGUUUAUAAUUCGCCAUACACGUAGACCAGAGGUUGGUGACAAAUUUAGUAGCAGACAUGGGCAGAAGGGUGUUUGUGGCACCAUCAUUCAACAGGAAGAUCUUCCAUUUUCUGAAAAUGGCAUCUGUCCUGAUUUAAUCAUGAAUCCUCAUGGUUUUCCAAGUCGGAUGACAGUAGGUAAGAUGAUAGAGCUUCUUGGGGGUAAAGCUGGAGUUUCAUGUGGUAGGUUUUAUUAUGGAAGUGCCUUUGGAGAAGCAAGUGGUCAUGCAGACAGGGUUGAAGCUAUAAGUGAAACACUUGUGAAGCAUGGUUUUAGCUACAAUGGCGAGGACUUCAUUUACUCAGGUAUCUCAGGUUGCCCACUCCAAGCAUAUAUCUUCAUGGGACCAAUUUACUACCAGAAAUUAAAACAUAUGGUCCUGGACAAAAUCCAUGCCAGAGGUAGCGGGCCCCGAGUUAUGCUAACUAGGCAGCCUACUGAAGGCAGAGCCCGAAAUGGAGGACUGCGUGUAGGAGAAAUGGAACGUGAUUGCCUGAUUUCUUAUGGAGCUAGCCUGAUGAUUUUUGAGCGCCUAAUGAUCUCUAGUGAUCCUUUUGAAGUGCAGGUUUGUAGAAAGUGUGGUAUGUUAGGAUAUUUCAGUCAUAAGCUGAAAAGAGGGAUUUGUUCUUCCUGUAGUAAUGGAGAUAAUAUCUCUAUGAUUAAAUUGCCAUAUGCUUGCAAGCUCUUAUUUCAGGAACUCCAAUCAAUGAACAUUGUUCCUCGUGUGAAUUUAGCAAAACCAUAAGACAGUUGAAGCCCUAUGGAGUAUGAAUCUCUUUCCAGUGCCAUUGAAUUAAAUACUUAGAUCGUAUUCUUUUAUUGGAAGGAAUUGUAUUAUGGUUUUUAGUUUAGCUUAAUACUAUUGAUUUGCGAAAUGUUGGAGAACCAUAAGAUAGUAUUUAUUUUUGUUGUUUCAGCUUUUUUGGCUUUGGUACAAUUCGUAUGUUAUUAUAUUAAAAAAAAUCAUAAUAGCUAUUGCCUUGGUGGAGUUGGCUCAUGGAAUGAUGUAAGGUUGAU